CACUUUUCGGAGCUGCUCCCCCUCGUGAAGCAGCAGAGGCGUGCUGCUGUCUUUCUCCGCAGAGUGGGGACUCAGCCCGGCCAGAGAGGGCUCAACACAAGAGAGGAGGGUCAAAAAAUAAAGUACAGACCGCAAUGGGGGACGAGCUGAACCGCAGAGAAAAGAGGACGGUCGCUUAAUUUGCCUGUGUUAUGAACGGCAUGCGGGAGAAACACACGACAGUUUAGGUGAUUUCACAUCAAAAACGUUAACGACCAACGGUCGGAAGUACCUGAAUACCUGCAGUGUGUUUCGCUCCAACGGUAGCCUCGACUCGGUGACAUUGAGAGACAGAGAGAGGGGGGUAGAGAGACUACAAGACGGGGCAGGAGAAAGUUUCUCAAGCUUGGCGCAGACACAGCGGUUAAACAAUGCGGCUGACCCCGACAAAUUCCCUUUCAUCGGCAGCCCUGCUAAUCCUGCUGGUUGUCCGCUGGUCCGACAGCAUUUCGUUGUCUCCCCAAGAGGCGAACCAGUUUCUGAGCAGACACAGGAGAGCAAAUCAAGUUUUCGAGGAGACGAAGCAAGGACACUUGGAGAGGGAGUGUGUGGAAGAAAAGUGCUCCAAAGAGGAGGCUAGAGAAGUGUUUGAAAACGACCCGGAGACGGACUACUUCUAUCCUAAGUAUUUAGCCUGUGUGGAGAAGUUUGGAGAUGCUGAAAAGAAGAAACAGGAUCUGAUUACAUGUGUCCACAAUAUUCCAGAUCAGUGCUCUCCUUCUCCCUGUAAUGCCAGAGGUACGGUGCGCUGCGAGGACAAAAAGGGCGACUUCCUCUGUCACUGUUUCACAGGCUGGGCAGGAGCCAGAUGUGAGAAAGAUGUCGACGAGUGCAGCAAGAGAAACGGAGGGUGUGACCACGAGUGCAACAACACUAUGGGCAGUUACCGCUGCUCCUGUCACCAAGGCUACAUGUUGGUAGGACGUCACAUGUGUAACGAUGUGGAUGAGUGUGAGGUCCCAGGUGUGUGUGGAACCGCACGAUGUGAGAAUAAGGAGGGCAGCUAUGAGUGCCUGUGUGAUAUCGGCUACGUCUAUGACAAUGCAACCAAGCGCUGUGUGGAUGUGGAUGAGUGUGAGGCGGGUGUGUGUGCAGAGGAGUGUCUGAACACGCCAGGGAGUUUCCGUUGCUUCUGUGAUGGUCGUCAGGGCAUGAAGCUGGGCCAGGACCUCCGGAGCUGUAAGCCUAUAACUGCCUGUAUGUCGCCGUCUCUGAAGAGGAACUCUCACUCCCUCUACCUGGGCCGCAUGUUCAGCGGCGUGCCAGUGGUGAGGCUGCGUUUCCGCCGCAGGAUUCAAACUGGCUUUUCUGCAGAGUUUGACUUUCGCACCUACGACCCUGAGGGGGUGAUUUUCUUUGCCGGUGGUCACCUAAACAGCUCCUGGAUUGUGCUGGCAAUGCACCAUGGGAAGCUGGAGCUGCAGCUGAAGUACGGCACAGUCAGCAGGGUCACCAGCAGCGGACCCAUCGUCAGUGACGGCCAGUGGAGAAAGAUCUCGGUGGAGGAGCAGGGGCGGAGUCUAGUGAUUAAGAUUGACAGGGAGGCAGUCAUGAAGAUUGCAGUAAACGGUGAUCUGUUUACGCUAAAGAAGGGCAUGCACGAACUCAACCUCACCGUGGGAGGAGUCCCUUUCAGAGAGGACGGCCUCGUCAAUCAGGUGAACCCCCGUCUGGACGGCUGCAUGAAGGAGUGGAGGUGGUUGACGGGUGAAGAUACGUCCAUACAAGAAACCAUUCGGUCAAACGACAACAUGCAGUGUUUCAGCACCGAGGUUCCUGGAGCGUAUUACCCCGGCACAGGCUUCGCUCUCUUCAACAUCAGCUAUGAAUCACAGAACCUGAGCGUACAGUUGACCCUGCGUCCAACUUCUGCGAUCGGAGUGCUGUUUGCACUUGUUCACCAGGACAGAGUCCCUCUCUCCAUCACUCUAGCCGACUAUCAUCCCGACACUGAUGAAUGGCGAGAUUAUAUUCUGAUAUCUGCAGGUGAUGUCAUCAUUGCCAGCUCCCCUGCCCCCCUGUGUGACGGGGAGAGUCAUGAAAUCCAGGUGACGAUAUCAGGCAACCAAACUCUGCUGCUGGUCGAUGGCCGGUCUGGACGUAGUGAAGACACCGAAAUUCCUUUUGACGUCCUGUCACAAUCCACCACCUUUAUAGGAGGCCUCCCUGAUGUUCCUCUGGUGUCCACGCUGGUGUCGGCGCCCUACAGCGGCUGCAUGGAGGUCAGUGUUAACGGAAAGCCUCUGGACUUGGACCAGGCCAUCCACAAACACAACGACAUCCGCUCACACUCCUGCCCCCUGCUGGACUCUCACCAGUGACCACAGCAACUGAUGCAUAAGCAGUUUAUUGAGGCAAUGGGGAUUAUUUCCAAUAUAUUUAUAAAAGCUUUGACCAGUGGGGGAAUGUUUUAGAUUGGAAUGUAAAAAAAGAAAAGAAAAGAAGCUAGACCAGGUGUUGUGGUUCAGCAGGAGCCUUAGCCCAGGAUCACCCUGUCCUUGUACUGAGAUGACACUGCUGCCUAGAGGCAUUUGCAGGGAUUUUCACAAUAUCCUCAGUCUAAUGACUUAAUACGCCAAUAAGCAAUGUCCCCUGUACUAGGCAGAGGAUAUGGGCAUACAUGCUGCACAACAUUGCCUCAAAAACUGCCCAUGUAUCACAGCCUUGUAAGCCCACAAGAACACACAGGGCCUUAUUUAGAUCAAUGUCCAAUGGUUGGGCUUGGGUCGGCCCACUACGCCUGGCAUCAUGAGCUUAAAUGCAGAUCUGACUGGACCUUUUGUAGGCAGAGUGACUCUGCACUGCAGCAACUCCGCUGAUAGAGCUGCGGUCAUGUUGCUUACAUCCAGUCCACCUAAGGCCCACGCUCACAAAGCUUGAAAUAAUCAAGUGCUCAUGUAGAAUCUGAUGAAAUGAAAAAAAAAAAAAACCUGGGGACCAGAUAAUAAGUCCUUCAUCAGCUACCCUACUCAGAGAAAAUGUGUGAAUAACGCUCAGAUCUUCAGAUGAGUGUUUGGUGCAUAAUGACUUUAGGGGUUGAUUGGGGACUAAAUCAAUCUUAUUUUCUCCUCACAAGAUGAAUCCCCUGUGGUGGCGGGGUAUUAGGCACAACUUUGUGUUCUGUAGAAAACUUUGCACAUUGUUGCAGGUAGCAAUGGACUGCGUGUGAAGCCAUUUUCUUGAUUUCCUCUCGACUAAAGCAGCACUCCAUGUCUGCCUGCAACCUCAAAAAUCUACCAUGUGCCUACAAAGAACAACCAACCCAAACUUCACAACAGCUUCCCUCCAAACAGGUGAAUCAUGUCACAAAGGUGCAGUACUGUAACACACAAACAGAGCUAAUGCUUCUCUUAAUAAAAUGUUGUACUCAUUGCAGUUAAUACACUAUGCAUUUCCACGUGUGCAUUUUGGAGUAUUGCAGUCUUUUAAAGAUUUGACUGACACCCUGAUUCUCAAUAAUCUUCAAUCCCUAACUCCAUCACAAAAGCCCCUUCUCUCUGUCUCUCUCUCUCAGAAUAACACACUCACAUUUAAUACCUGCCAACAACAGACCUGAGGAUGAUAGAGUAGUCUCAGACGCACAGGCAGACCGGAUGGGGACCUCUCCAUUAAGGAGAGAGUGAGCACUGCAUUUAACGCACCACACAAGCUACUGAGAGUAAAAAGAGUGCGCUGUAAGAUACUGAAUAUGUAAAUAAUGUGACUGUACAAUGCUUUAUAGAAGACAGAAAACAAAAGAACACUACCUUAUGCUCAAUGAGGUUUUCUGCACAUUUAAGUUGAUCCAAGUCGAACAGUAAUCUGAGUCUCUCAAAUGCAUCUGCUUCCUAAAAACCAUUUGAGCAACAAAGACGCAAUUCUUUUCUUGAAAUAGGAAUUGCGAGACGGGGAGAGCAAUAGCCAGGGAUCAAAGUAUCGUAAAUCUUUGGGGACUCAGUUUUUUAAUUAGAUUUUACAGGUGCUGAUCAAAUCAAAACACAAUAAAAAGAGAGAAUGUCAGGAGCAUUGUGAAUGAGAAUGCCAAAAGGGCUCCAGUGUUGUUUUACUUCCCUCUGUAUUGUAUCAUUUCUUUUCAAGUUUCUGAUGAAUGAAUGCCAUAAUAUAAAGCUUGAUGAGUUAUUUUUUUUUUUUUUUUAUCAUGUGUUGUAUAUUGAACUUGUCUUUAGUUUUCAUUUUUCACUUUAACUGCCAGUAUGUGUACAAUGCUGAGAGGAGUCUGCCUUCAAGUUUCAACUUCCCUCAACAGUGAAAAUCCUAUUUAAAAAUAAAAGCAGUUGUAUGAACAUCAUAGAGUAAAAUUGUAUUUUCAAAAAUAA